UCGAGGUUCGACCUGACCCGACACCCAACGACGACAACAUCCGUCUUCCUCGACUUCCUCUCCAAGCCCGUAUACCUUCGAUUCCCGUUUCGAGGUCACAAGUCGCAAUCAUGGGUGGUGUCACCGUUCGCGAUGUGGACGCGCAGAAGUUCAUUGCGGCCUACUCCGCUUUCUUGAAGCGUCAGGGAAAGCUUCCCAUUCCUGGAUGGGUUGACACUGUCAAGACCUCCGCUUCCAACGAGCUCCCUCCCCAGAACGCUGACUGGUUCUACGUCCGCGCCGCCGCUGUCGCCCGUCACAUCUACCUCCGCAAGACCGUCGGUGUCGGUCGUCUCCGAAAGGUCCACGGCUCCACGAAAAACCGUGGCUCUCGUCCCGCCCACCACGUUGACGCCUCCGGUGGUGUCGACCGCAAGGUCCUCCAGGCUCUCGAGAAGAUUGGUGUCCUCGAGCAGGACGAGGAGAAGGGUGGCCGUCGCAUCUCCCAGGCCGGUCAGCGGGAUCUGGACCGCAUUGCCAAGACCACCGUUGACGAGGAGGAGGAGGACGAGGAGUAAAUUAGUUUUUAAUCUGAACUCCAAAGUCCUUUGAAAUGUUGUUUUCUCUUUUCCUUUUUCCUGCAAAAAUGAGACCAG